UCCAUGUUAUAUUAGUUCUAUGGUUUAAAUAUUACUUACUUUCUAACCUAAAUUCUUCCUUUAUCGUAUCAGGUUUUUAAUUUAAUAAAUUUUACAAAGCAAAAUGCAAUCUUACAAACGUCCGUUUGAAGAGAAAACAAAUUAUUCAUUUAUUGAUGAUAUUGAAGUUCUCAAAAAGGAAGGGGAGAGUUUUGAAAAAUGUGAGGUUAAGACCGAAGAUUUUGAUGUUGACGAAGAAUUUAUUGAUGAAAGCCAAGUUCAUAACAGAGAAGCUUUCAUAACUAAAAUUGAGAGUAAUGCUGUUUCUUUUGGCUCAAAUGAACAUAAUGUGCCUUGUGCCAUUAAAACAGAAGAAAAUAUUGAAGAUGAAAAUAUUUGCCAAACCCCUGCAAACCAAGUUAUUGAUUGUAAAAUCCUCAAUUCACAUCAGCAAGAUUGUCAGUUUUGUGAUUUUUCUUCUCAAAAUAAAUAUGAACUCAAGCAUCACAUAGAUACGGUUCAUUUGAAUGUAAAGCCCCAUAAGUGUCACCUAUGUGAUUAUGCUGCAAAGAAUAGAUGGCAACUAAGGCAUCAUAUAGAAACUCAUUUGAAUACAAGGUCACAUAAAUGUCACAUAUGUGAUUUUGCAACGAAUCAUAAAGAGCGUCUCAUAUCACAUAUAGAUAGUAAGCAUUUAAAGAUAAAACAUCAAUGCAAGAUAUGCGGUUUUGUAACCCAUUUGAAGCAUAAACUCAAAGUGCAUGUAGAUUCCGUUCAUGUGAACGCAAAACCACAUAAAUGUCACUUAUGUGCUUUUGCAACGAUUCAUAAAUCGGGUCUCAAAAUACAUAUCGAACAUAAACAUAAAAAAUGCGAUUUCGAAAUUAAUUCCGAUAAACCAUAUAAAUGUCACUUAUGUGAUUUUGCAACGAUUCAUAAAUCGGCUCUCAAAAUACAUAUAGAAAGUCAACAUUUGAAUAUAAAACAUCAAUGCCAUAUAUGCGAUUUCGAAACCAAUUUAAAAAAGAAUCUGAAAAACCAUAUAAAUUUAGUUCAUUUGAAUAUAAAGCGACAUAAGUGCGAAAUAUGUGAUUAUGCUUCAAAUGUGAGAGCUAGAUUGAAAGCGCAUAUAAAUUCUGUUCAUUCUGUUUCAAAUUAACAUAACGCUAAUUUGUAUACAUUUUUCCAUCUAGAUGUGAAAUUUUUGUAGAGGAUCAGAAAGAUUACUUGAAAUUAAAAAGAUAUUUUUGUAAUAUUUAUAUGUAUAUUAAUAACGAAUUCGAAUGCACCAGUUCGAAUUAAUUCGAGCUAAUUAUGUCAUUUAGCACUACAAAAAUUCAAAUUAAUUCGCACUGGUGCAGCCAGUCGCAUACGCUAUUAAUUUGAUGACAUUUAAAAUUUGUCAGGUUUUUUUUUGAAAACCUAUGUGAAUUUGUGAAAGAAUAUUUAGUAAUAAAUGAUUCUUGUCUCAGUUA